CCCCCCAGCUCCGUUGGCCGCGAGCGAACCGUGGAACGCCCGAACGGGGCGUGGGGAGGGAGCCGUGCGCGCCGGGUGCCCCGUCAGCCCGCGCCUGGCCUGCUCCGUCCCGGGCCCGCCAUGCAGGGUUCGCUGCGCCAGUGGCGCCGGGCCGCCACGCUGAUGCUGGCCGUGGGCCGGGCGCACCCCGCGCCCAGCCCGGCCGCGGCGGCCGAGGACUACGAGGUGCUGCUGAUGCAGCGCACCCGGAGCAGCGGCUUCUUGCCCGGUGCCUACGUCUUCCCUGGGGGUGUCCUGGAGGCCGCGGACUCUUCCACCGACUGGCUCCCCGUCUUCCAGCCCCACCACGGACCGCCGAGCUUCGGCCUGCCCCUCUCCGGGCAGCCCAGGGAAACCUACCCCGAUGUGGCCUUAGGGCUCCGGCCUUCUUCGUACUCGCCCAUUCCCGACGACGUGGCCUUCCGCAUCUGCGCCAUCCGGGAAACUUUCGAGGAAUCGGGUGUCCUCCUGCUGCUCCCCACGGGAGCCAAGGCCCCGCACCUGGCUCGGGCGCAUGCGCCGCCCGCCGACCUGGCCGCCUGGAGGGCCAAGAUCCUGGAAGACCCUGGCCAGUUCCUCCAGCUGUGCCAGCGCCUCGGGUGCGCACCCAACAUCUGGGCCCUGCAAGAAUGGAGUAACUGGCUCACACCGUUUGUGAGGAAAGGAGGGAGGCGCUUUGACACGAAAUUCUACAUCUGCUGCCUGCAAAGCAAACCCCAAAUCUUCCUGGACAUGCAAGAAGCGAUUAACUAUGAGUGGAUAUGUCCAACAGAAGCAAUGAAAAAAUUUGCACAUGAAGAAAUAUGGUUGCCACCUCCUCAGUUCUAUGAGAUAAGAAGACUUAUGAACUUUGCUUCUUUACUGGACCUGCACAAAUUUUGUCUGGACCGGAUUUCAGAAGGAUGUGAAAGAUGGCUGCCAAUUACAUUGAAAACACUAGAUAGUACAUUGCAGCUCUUACCAGGAGAUGAACUAUACCAAGAAGACAAAGAAUUUUUAGAAAAGAAUUUAUCAAUCAACAAAAAGACUGAAGAAAUUAUGGCAAAAGGCAGAAAAUUUCACAGAAUGGUAUUACACAACCGUUAUUUUUAUAGUAUCCAUGUGACUAUUCAGCCAAAAUAUAAACAUAUAUAUCCAGAGAGCUUCUUAGGAUUUAAGAGCCAUUUAUAAGUUUGCUGCUUGUUUAACAUUGUAUCUUCAGAAAUAGAAAGUUUGUACUGAUGAAAAAUGGGUAUUAGCAACCUCACAAGCUUAAGAAACUAGAACCCAGUAAUGGUGAAUCACCAUCUUUUUGCAAGUUUACCUUUUAGGUACUUUUGUCUGUUUCCUUCUGCAAACUCUACAGUGUGCCAUAACUUUGAUUAAUAUUAGCUAUCUGACAAGUUUCUUAUGUCUGUAUGUCAAGAAUGAUUCCCUUCACCAGAGCAGAGUACAAAUCAUCUGUUACUUAAGAGAUAAGGUUUGAGUCUAAAGCUAAAACUCAGAUAAGUCUAGCUUCUUGUCCACAAUCACACAGCUGGGAAAUAAAAAAAAGGCAGAAUGUGAACCUGACUCUUAAGAUGACCAAAUUUAUUAAAAAGAAAAAAAAUGCUUGCCAGGUGUCACCAUUUCUCUGUUCCCACAAAAGUUUAAACCAAAGCAAGCACAGACCACUCUUGUUCUUCUGAAUGCCCACUGUGCUGCUAUUAACAUUUUAUUGAGGAUGGCAGAUAAGAAUGAACCCAUUUCAGGGACAUUAAAGUACCUUACCAAAGUCAUGGGCCACCUCAAUUUAAUUCAUCUUUUGGCUAGAAUUGAUGAAAGGUUGUCAAAUGGGCACAAAGGCCCUAUAUUCACAGAAAUGGAAUAAGAGUGCUAGUUGAGUGCUUCAUGGAUUGUUCUUCUUUGUAUUAAGCUUGUCCUCAGCCUUACUGAUUAAACAGUAAAGCUGUUUAAGGCCAAAUGUGGUUUAAUUUUUUCCCAGUAAUCCUCAAAUUCUGAAAUCUAUUGUAGUUAGCAUUCAGAUGUUUUAAAAAUAAAUAUAUAAGCAUUUAUAAAUUUAUAUUUUUAAAUGUUACUUUAUUAUUUAUUGCUAAAUAAUGAGGCUUGUGAGUUCUAGAAUGAUUUACUCUGUUAUAACUGUUCAUUUUAUCUUUACAUACGUUUCCCUUUUUAAUUAACUAAAUUUAUCUGUAUUAAGUUUAUCUGAUAUAUAUAAUAUGUCUACAUAGAAUGAUAUUUUUUGAUAAAAGUUUAUAACCUGUGGUCAGGACACUGGCUCAUCACUUUAGUUUCAAAGCUGUCCUGCUUGUCUGAGUCUACUUCUGAAUUUCUUUCCAUACUUUAAAAUAAAAUACUUCAAUGAC